AUGCUGGACAUCGGCGCGUCGUUGUCCCAGUGGUGCUCGCGCAUCUUGGACGUCGCCUCCUUCGAGUCGAGCAGCGACUUGGUCGACACCAUCUUGCGCUUGCAGGGCCCGUAUGCCAUCCCCGGAAGCUCCACCCAGCAAUUCCUGCAGAGCAUGACCCACAUCGAUGCCCACGAGAAUUGCGGGGUGGAGCUUCCGCUUCGGCGCGGGCGCGACGCCGGGACGUCGCCAUGGGUCCGGUCGACCAUGCCCGCGGUCUUGCACUCGGCAAAUUGGCAAAUGGACCCAGAGCCGUAG